AUGGCCGAGUCCCACCUGCAGUCGCCCCUCAUCACAGCGUCGCAGUUUUUCGAGAUCUGGCUUCACUUCGACGCCGAUGGAAGUGGGUACCUGGAAGGGAAGGAGCUGCAGAACUUGAUCCACGAGCUCCAGCAGGCGCGGAAGAAGGCCGGACUGGAGUUAUCGCCUGAGAUGAAGACUUUUGUGGACCAGUACGGGCAGAGAGAUGAUGGAAAAAUAGGAAUUGUAGAGGUAAGAAACAUUUUUCUGACACGGGAGCCUGCGCUGAGCCCUGAGCGGCAGAGCUCCCUGGAGACCAGCAGCAAGGCCUUUCUCAUGAGUGCUCUGGGGACCAGCACCAGUCCAAGGGCAAGCGCUGAACUCAGUGCGAGCGACACCGACUUUAACUUUUCAGCGGAGAUGCUCGGGUCCUGCGAGGAGUUCAUGAAGACUUGGCGAAAGUACGACACCGACCACAGCGGCUUCAUAGAGACCGAGGAGCUCAAGAACUUUCUGAAGGACCUGCUGGAAAAAGCGAACAAGGCCGUCGAUGACGCAAAGCUGGCCGAGUACACAGACCUGAUGCUGAAAUUAUUUGAUUCAAAUAAUGAUGGGAAGCUGGAAUUAACUGAGAUGGCCAGGUUGCUCCCAGUGCAGGAGAAUUUUCUUCUGAAAUUUCAGGGGGUCAAAAUGUGUGGGCAAGAGUUCAAUCCUGCUUUGCUUCUCCGCCCUCAGGACGGCAAUGGGUACAUAGACGAAAACGAGCUCGAUGCUUUACUGAAGGACCUGUGUGAGAAGAAUAAACAGGAUCUGGACACCAACAAUAUCCCCACCUACAAGAAGAGCAUCAUGGCCUUGUCGGACGGGGGGAAGCUGUACCGGACGGACCUGGCUCUCAUUCUCUGUGCCGAGGACAACUAG